GGGAGUACCCCCUGAAUCCUUGUCGCAGUAGCGUGGGCGUGUCAGCAUGCGUCAACCGCAUAAAAUUUUCUCGGCCAUCACAUCCUCAGCAACGCCCCAGGAUUGAAAUGCUCAACCUUGUUCGGUCUAGAACGGGGAGGAAUUUGCCAUCUCGCUCAAUUGCGCUGCAUCGAUGCUAUCACGUAGGCAAAGCCGGCGUGGUCCACACUGCAAUCCGACAAAGUCUACGCAAAUCGAAAGGACAAGGCCUCAGAGCAUCGACUAAGCGGGCUCUUUCUGCAAAUGACCCACGAGAAAAGUACAGAGUGCAACAUGGCCUUCCCAAGUGGGUAGACCCUCCGAGGGACCGUUCUCCGAGAGACGACUAUGACUACGGCCUCGAGAAGAAUUCGCCAACGAAGAGGGCUGGCGGGUCUAUGAAUGGAUGGGGCGAACGCGGAAAGACGAGUACGCGCGACUUCGAGAAGAGAUCCCUAAGGGAGCAGACUACCGAGCCAUGGAUGGGACGGGGGAAACGUACGAAGAAAAGCACGCUUAACUUCGAGAAGAAACCGGCGAGGCAGUGGGAGAUGCGAGGCAAGACGGACACAAGCGACCUACGAAUUCGUCUUGGGAAGAGACUUAUAACAGGCAAGGAAACAGAGGGUGGAGGGCGUGCUGAACGACCGGCACGAUCUGCGGGUCCAUACGAGGACUCGGUUUUCAGAUACUCUGAUCGACGUGAACGAGAUUCAGAUAAUGGCUCACGACCGUUCAGAGCUAGGAAUCACGAAUAUGAAAGGCCGGCACGAUCUGGGCGGUCAUACGAGGAAAGAAAUUCCAAGCAUUUUGGGAGACGCGAACGAGAUUUAGACGAUAUUCCCAGGCAGUCCAGAGGUAUGAAGGAACCUUCUGAGACGACGCGUGACAUUCAGGGGCGAAAUUCUGGAAGAGAUUCUGGAUCUCCAUCGCCUCGUUCCUGGGAACGCCCAAGUGAUGAUCGGUCAUACGGUUCAAGAUCCCGUGAUCGGCCUUCCGAACCAACAGGGGGUGACCUUUAUCCAUCUCUAUCCUUCAAGAGAGGCUCAUCCGGGUCAAAAUUUGGGAACGCAAGCUCGGCAGAUAGAAGACCUUCGGAUAGACCUGCGCGUCAGGGCGAUCCAGAACCUUUCGACCGCAGUCCAAAAUACGGCAGCAAGUUCCCUAGUGCCAAUGUACCGCGUGAUGAGCGUUCUUCGUCCAAUGGCCCGAAAUUUACUCAAGUUGCCGACAAUCGAAUCCCUCUCUCGAUACCAUACACUACGCCUGCGUCCGAAUUCUUAUAUGGAACUUCGGUCGUCGAAUCAGCUUUGAGAUCUCGAGGAGAGCCGCGAAGACAGCUCUACAAAUUAUACAUUUAUACGGGAGAGAACCGCAAGGAUCUUGAUCAAGAUGCUAGGUUAGAGAUAUUAGCAAAGAGAAAUAGUGUUGAAGUAGUCCGAGUUGGGAAUGAGUGGCUUCGUGUUAUGGACAAAAUGAGCGGAGGGCGGCCGCACAAUGGUUAUAUUCUGGAGGCAUCGCCCCUUCCCAGACUCCCUGUCACGGGUCUUGGUCAGCUCAUGACAGUGGAUGGUCAGGAUGGUUUCGAAGUCUCCAUCGGCUACCAGUCUCGAGAAGAAGCUGCAGUCAAUGGCACUUCCAACUUCGUUAAGAUCCAAAGAAAUCGACAUGGAAGGAAGCCUUUGGUUCUCCUACUGGAUAGUAUUGUGGACCCUGGCAAUCUCGGUGGUAUACUUCGGACGGCGGCUUUCCUUGGGGUAACAGCCAUCGCCAUCUCAGCCCGCAACAGCGCAUCUUUCACUCCAGUCGUCCUCAAAGCAUCUGCAGGUGCUUCUGAAGAUGUUACCCUAUUUAUGGUUAACCAACCUGCUGGCUUUAUUGUUGAUUCGAAGAAUGCUGGCUGGAAAGUUUUCGCGGCUGUGGCUCCCGCUAAAAAGCAUGAUCCGGCUAUGCCUGCCUCGAUAUCUACCGAACAGCUGGACGAUCCACUCUCUGAAGACCCUUGUAUCCUCAUGCUAGGCAGUGAGGGUGAGGGCCUCCGUUGGAACCUGAGAACCAAAGCCGAUGUGAACCUGUACAUCGAAGGCUCGCGUCAGAGCCACAAUAUUGACAGCUUGAAUGUCAGUGUUGCUGCUGGAAUAUUGUGCUGUUCCUUUUUGAAGAGAAAGAAACCUAAGGAAGCAGCCCUUAUUCAACAGGAGCAGGAAGCAGAUAAAAAGGUGCCCGAGACGGUCAAGCUCUUCUAGGUUCUGAGAACGACCCUACGGCACUUUAUGGCCAGCUAUCUUCAUUUGUCAUGUACGAGUAGGAAUCCCGAAGGUCAACGCCACUCUUUAUAUCUCGACCAUAUAUGUAUGAGCAGGCCAAUGUUUCUCCUUCCCUUUGGCAUUGCCCAAGAUUUAUUUACCAGUUUCUCGAGACGCGAUCUCGUAGCCGCCCAUCAAGCACGUCAAGGCCACCAGACCAACGCAAAGUUGCGUACCGAUGUAAGCACCCGGGCCGGUUUCACAUUGGCAGCUAGGCCUACAACCUGAGCCGAGUGGAUCUCAAGGUUUAUCCCAUCAGAAUCUUCUUGGCUACGUCCAAUGAAGCUUAGAUAUUUGGGAGAAUGACUAGCUUUCUAGCCUUGAAGGUAGGCUUCACUGUAGCG